UGUGUAUGUGCGCGUGUUGGUGUCCGCAUAAAUCGUGUGGUAUUUCCUGGCCCCGUCUCCCCGUACAGCUGUGAGAGUGCGGCUGCAGCUUUUCAAAGAUAAACUCAUUUCGGCUUCAAAGCCAGGAUUUUCGGACGCAUUCCUCGAUCACGAUCACUCCAUUGUUUUUUUUUUUUUUGUUUUUUUUUUUUUUGUUGAAGACUUGUGGAGCAGCGGGAGCUUCGCAGCCGUCCCUGAAGUAGGGGCACUAGCGAGCCGCGCUGAUUCUACAUCUCCGGUGGUCACUUUCUCCGUGUGACGUCUAAGUGACGGGGAUUUCCUUUGAUCGCCGAAGUUUUUUUUUUUUCUUUCUGGAGCAACACAGAACGGAGGGAACUUCCCAUGCACGCAACUGGAAUAUAAGUGUGCGUGAGCGCGUGCGGAGCUCGCUCUGGAUCGUACUGCUGUUUUCGUCUGGAGAAAACACACGCUGUCCAGAGGAUGAAGGAGGAGAACUUGUUUCGCAGAAGGUUUUCUUUAUGCCCAGCAACGUCUACACCUCAAAAGGUCCAUCCCAAAAAACUAAUGAGAAACCUUUCCUUUGGUGGCGAUAACGACCUUUACCCUCUGAGCCCAGGCUCGGAGAUUGAGAGGAAUGGUCUUCCAGUGCUGAAUGAUGAGCUCAGCCCCACACAAGCCAGCACCCCAAAGGGAGGAGAAUGGCCGAGCCCCGUGUUAAUGGAAGCAGAGAGCCCAUCAUCUCAGAAGAUGAAACCAGACCUGCCGCUCCACUUGAUGAAGGACUUCCAAUCUGAAAAGACGGAGUCCAAGCUGCUGAAUGGCCAUGAGAAGGAGUGCACCUCACCGAUGGACAAGCUGGCCAAGAAAGAAUCUCUUAAGGUCCAGAAGAAGAACUACCGGGAAGAGAAGAAGAGGGCUGCCAAGGAGCUGUUUAGUGCCCUCAAGGACCCCACUGUGAUAAUUAUGGCAAACUGGCUAAAGAUUCGCGGCACUCUGAAGAGCUGGACAAAGCUGUGGUGUGUGCUGAAGCCGGGAGUGUUACUCAUUUACAAGACCCCUAAAGUGGACCACUGGGUCGGGACGAUACUGCUCAGUGCCUGCAAGCUCAUUGAGAGGCCGUCCAAGAAAGAUGGCUUCUGCUUCAAGCUCUACCACCCGCUGGACAAGUCGAUCUGGACCAUGAAGGGUCCAAAGGGGGAGAACGUCGGUUCAAUUACACAACCACUGCCUAGCAGUUACCUGAUCUUCCGUGCUGUCUCAGAGUCUGACGGUCGAUGUUGGAUGGAUGCUCUAGAGUUGGCCCUUAGUUGUUCCAGUCUCUACAAGCUGAGUUCAUCCAAACAAGUCAAGGAUGUGGACCUCAACUGCUCAUCAGACUCCUCACACAUCCUUAAUUUGCUACAGUCUUCCAACCUUUCUGACCAGGAGCUCUUCCAGCUGAAUGAAUCCACACUGAGAAAUCACCACAUGGAGAACGACACCUGCUCUGACAAAUCGGAAAGAGAGACUCACGAGGAGUCUGAAAAUGGGACCACAGAGAAGAGCCGGAGGCUGACGGAAGAGAGCGACACCGACCAAUCGGAGAUACAGACGGACCUCUCACCCGAUGUUGUAUCCACCAUCUACAAUGAGCAGACGGAGGAGGAGAUGGCCCCGGCUGGCGAGACAUCACAAACCGAAACGGUUUCAGAGGAGAACAAGGGACUGAUCUGGACAUUGCUGAAGCAGCUGCGUCCUGGGAUGGACCUGUCACGUGUGGUUCUGCCUACUUUCAUUCUUGAACCUCGUUCCUUCUUGGACAAGCUUUCAGAUUACUACUACCACGCCAACUUCCUCUCAGAGGCGGCUCUUGAACAGGAUGCUUACUGUAGAAUGAAGCACGUACUGAAGUGGUAUCUGUCCGGAUUUUACAAGAAGCCAAAGGGACUGAAGAAGCCAUACAAUCCAAUCCUUGGCGAGACGUUCCGCUGCCGCUGGUAUCAUCCCCAGACAAACAGCUGCACGUUUUACAUUGCAGAACAAGUAUCUCAUCACCCUCCUGUGUCCGCCUUUUAUGUCAGCAAUCAGAAGGAUGGCUUCUGCAUCAGUGGCAGCAUUCUGGCGAAAUCCAAAUAUUAUGGCAAUUCGCUGUCGGCUGUCCUUGACGGUACCGCAAAGCUUCUGUUUCUGAAUCUUGAAGAGGAGUACGUCAUCACCAUGCCGUAUGCCCACUGCAAAGGGAUCCUCUACGGUAAACUGACAAUGGAGUUGGGAGGCAAAGUGACGAUUGUGUGCGAGAAGACCAAAUACAGCACUGAACUGGAAUUUAAACUCAAGCCUUUGUUUGGCGGUUACAACAGUGUGAACCAAAUAUCCGGAACAAUUUCUUUGGGAAAUGAAGUGAUGGCUACUGUCGAGGGACACUGGGAUGGAGAGGUCUUUCUAGAUCAAAAAAUGAACGGUCAUAAGGAUUUGUUUUGGAGCCCAACAUCAGAGGUCCGCAUGCAGAGACUCAGGAGGCAGGUGGUUCAGCUUGGCCAGCAGGGGGAGUUUGAGUCUGAAAGGUUAUGGCAGCAUGUAACAAGUGCAAUAAAGGAGAAGGACCAGCUGAAAGCCACUCAGGAAAAGUACAUUCUGGAAGAGGCGCAGCGACAAGCUGCCAGAGAGAGAAAAGAUCAGCCAUGGCACCCACGACUUUUCCAGUUUGACCCCAUCACUAAUGAGUGGCACUAUAAAUAUGCAAACACCUCACCUUGGGAUCCUCAGAAAUACUUGACUCAAUUUGAAAAGGACGGGAUCAUUGACUUUCUGGAAAGAUAUCCUAAGCAAUCCGGCUCUGCAGCAUACAGCAAAAACCAAAUGGUUACGAAAAAGAUGGGGAUGGAGUGCAAGAGACGGAAAACCAGCAGCCAGCCAUCCAGCUGUAGUCAGAACACAGAAAGCAGCAGCUCAACACCCGAGCCCACCCAGGAGUCUUCCGAUAAUGACGAUUGUACAAAGCAGUGCACUAAAUGUCUGAAAGAGAAAAAGGAUGUCGCCGACAUUGAGACGGCCAUUGCUUCAAUACAAAGGACACAGAAUGAGAUUCAAAGCAAUCUCUGUGCUCUGAGUCACCAGAUAUGCCAAGGAAAUAAUCUGUGGGACAAGUUGCAUUUGAACAAUCGCUACUGGAUCAUUUUCAGCCUCCUGCUCCUCUUUCAGCUAUUUAUAAAUUAUGUUUUCAAAUGAAGAAAUGAUGGGGAUCUAUGCACAGCAAUAAAAGAAAACUGCCAACCCCAAUCACCUACGAAAUGGCAGUUGAAGAGUCAGAAGAGGCACAAAGCACUUUGGACGUGGUGGUGGGGGGGAAUUAGGGCUUGGGAACAAGUGGGAAUUUCCAAGCAUUAGAAGGUUCUAGAACAGAAUUUCCCAGUUUUUGUUCCUGGCUCUCCAGAUAUGUGGAAGUUCCAUGUCUACAGAGUGCUUCAAUCAGGAGUUGCACCUCCAUGGGACAUCACGUUUUAUUCCGCCUUCUGCUUGUCCUCCCAGUGUUUACAUUGAGUUGGAUGAGUUGGAAUCAUCAGGCUUCCAUCUGUGGCUGGUUGACAAGCUGGCAACCUGUUUGUGGUGCACAUCCACAUUGUGCCUUCUGUUAGCCAAGGUGGGCUAUGAUGCACUGUGGUCAUAGCCAAAUAAAUUUGAUUGUAGUGAUGAAUGGAAAGAAGAAUUGUAAUAACCUUCAGGUCUGAAACAGGAGCGGUAGUCAUGAUCUACUCUAGCUUGACAUAGUGGUUAGCUGUAGUCCAGUGCUCUUUUCAAAUGAAAUGGGACAGGAAGCAAAAGCAGCACAUCGAUUACAGGACUUUGCAAACAUGAGAGCCUCCUGUCACUCCAGUGCAGUAAUACGUGCUGCCUCUCACAGAUCCGGAAUCCUGGGUUCAGAUCUUAGUGCGUCCAAUCUCUGUACCGAAUAUGCUUGCUUUCUCCAAGAAAGUCCAGUUUGCUUCGGUAUCUGAAAAGCAGUCAAUUCAUUAGUGACCCUCAAGCGAGUGAGCCCUAAUUGUGUACUGGUGGCCUGGCUUCUACUUGGUGCCCAGACAAGAAAGGCUCUGUGUGCCCACAUUUAUAAAAUUGUUUUAUGCAGGUUGGUUGAUAUUUCAAAAUAUGCAGAAUGGUGGGAUGGAGGUUAGCACUGCCACCUCACACUUCUGGGGUCCACCUGGGUUUUCCCCAGAUCAGAGUUUCUUAAACUUUCUUUUUUUUGGUCACGACCCAAUCUUGCUCUUCAUAGUGUCUUUGAAACCCAGACCAUCAGAUAGAUAGAUAGAUAGAUAGAUAGAUAGAUAGAUAGAUAGAUAGAUAGAUAGAUAGAUAGAUAGAUAGAUAGAUAGAUAGAUAGAUAGAUAGAUAGAUACUUUAUUAAUGGUCACCCCUUGAAGAAUCGUUGCUGAUAGUCAUAGCUCGGUUGAUUCCCCCCUUGGAAGAUUGUUGCCCACACUCAGAGAAAUACCCCCACGCUCCCUUGAAAAAUUGCAACCGAUAGUCAUAGUAGCAGGAAAGGUGUCCACCCCCCCUUGGAGAAUUGCUGUCGACAGUCAUAGCACAUGGAUGUUUCCCUUGGGGAAACUCCAUCGAAACUCCAGGCGCUUGGUGCCACCGCCGUGAACACUCAUAGUAGGGGUGGUUCCCCACCUUGGAAAAUUGCUGCCCACAGUCAUAGCAAUGUUGAUUGCUUAAACAACCCCUCAUGAGACACUUCGCAAAUCGUAGACAACUCUAUUCAAUACAAUCGUGAAUCACGACCCUAUGUGACCCAAAUAGUUGGCAAGCCCAUAUAUUAAGAAACUGUGCUCUAGGUAAUCAUGUUCACUAAAAAGAAGGCAAGAUUAGGAUGGCUGGCAUCUCUAACGUUGCCCUAAAUAAGUGAGAGCAUGUCCUCGUUAUUGUAAACUGGUGCCCACCCCCUUUAAGGGUGGGUUGUGGCUCUUUGACUGAAGGAGCGAGUUCAAUCAAUAAGAGAGUGGAUUUUCAAAAUAUUUCUUGUCUUGCCCAAACUGCUUAAGUGUACUCACACAUCCUGCCAUUCUGUGCCUAUCUCACAUGCAAAUGCCCUCCAUGUUGUCCUGCCAGGCCUUGCAUACAAAUUCUACAUGUUUUGACUUUGCCCACCUUUUCAAGUCUCAGAUUAUAGUUACUAAUUUAGAAAAUAUUCAUUUGAUGACUAACUGGGCAGCACAGUGGUGCAGUAGUGAAUGCUGCCACCUCAUGAACCCAGUGUAUCUUUAAUUCUCAAAUCUUGUGCUCUGUUGUGGUCUGCAUGGACUUCACAUGCCUUCCCAGUCUCUUAGUGUUUUUUCUUCCAAUAUGCAUCCCACACAGUGGCACAGUAGUAAUGCUGCUAGCCUCGCAAUAAGGAGACCAGGGUUCACAUCCUGCGCACACUCCCUUGUGUGGACUUCACAUGUUCUCGCUUUGUCUUUGUGGGUUUCCUCCCACAGUCCAGGCAUGCAAGUUAGAUGGACUGGUGUUGCUAAAUUGGGCCCUGUACGUAUGUGUGUGUGUGUGUGUGUGUUCACCAUGUGAUGGGCUGGCGCCAUGCCUGGGUGUUGUCCUCUGCCUUGCACCCGAUGAAUGCUGGGAUAGGUUCCAGCUGCCCAGUGAUCUAAGAAAAUGGAUGGAUUCUUCCCACAUCCUAAAAAUGUGAUAAUCUGAUUGGUGGUUAUUAAUUGGCCUUGUGUGGGUGUUUGAGUGAAUGGACCCUGUGAUGGACUUCAGGGCUGAUUCCUGCCUCUUGCCUGAUGAUUUAUGGAUAAAUUCCACAUGCCUGUGAUCCUAAAUUGGAUUAAGUAACCAUAAUUAUGUAAUCAUUUUAUACUGAUAGAUAAAAAAGACACAAUUCUGAAAAGCAUAGGAUUGCUAGGAAGAGCUUUGGGACACGGUGCUCUA